CUAUGGUUUUCACUGCCAUUCAGUGGGGCGCAGGCACCAUGCUUCGAUCUUGACAUGCGACAGCAGAUGCGUGAUGGCCUCAUCCUAUUGAUCCAUAUUGCGGAGAACCGAACGCGGAUUCUUGCCAGCAUAUCUCUGAUGCAUAAAUGCCGCGUACACGAGCAGCGGAGGGCGCCCCGUCCCCUCGAGGCGAUAUCUUGCAGUGAUCGCAGCUCGGCUUAACAGCAUGUCCGCCAGCGCUGUGUCGGAAACAUAUCGAUUGGAUGGCGUCUUCAUCACAUGCGUUUACUACGCAUCCGCGGCUCUCUGUUCCUACGACUACCUGCUCACGUUCAGCGAAGAGGUCCAAUACAUCUGGAAAAGCAAGUUCUCCUUCACUACUGUACUCUUUUGCGGCUUUAGGUACCCUGUUCUGCUGAACACGGUGUUCCUGAUUCUUGGUCUCCCGUCAUGGCGGAGUUGGCAAAAUGACUAUCUGUACCAUCGUUAUCCGGUUUCAAAUGGUCCUAUAUCUCAUCAUUAUGUCGAGUGCUGCGCUAUUCACCUCCCUGCGGGUCUAUGCCAUCUACAACCGGAAUAUAUGGCUUUCGCUGAUCGUCCUAAGUCUCACCCUUCUUCACGUAUGCAUUUCUAUCUACAUUGUGAUCUUCACUACGCCUGGAUUAUACGUCUUCCCUGGGCAGCAAGUCUGCGGUGCCAACUUCGAGAACUCUGCAGCACUCGUGAAGUACGGAUCAUCGGCGCACGAAUCGCAUUGGUCGUCGCAGAUGCACUGGUACUGGCUUUGACGUGGCUGAAGACCUACCGAUUGAGGAACGCCGAUCGCAUGCUCGAGACAACAACCCUCAGCGCGGCGCUUUUCACUGGCUGUACGCUCUCAACUUCCAGCUUGCUCUGCAUUGCAAACGUGAUAGCAAUAGCCAUCGCUAGCAUAAACACCCUGAUCUUCCCCAUGAACGCCUGGCUUGCAGUGCUUACUUCCGUUCUACUAUCGCGCCUCCUAUUCCACCUUCGUGAGGUGUCCAGUAAGGAUAGCAGCAAGGACAGCACUAUGUCCACUGCUGUCUCAAGCACAGUAGUGUUCCAAGACAGUCAUGCGAUUAGGAUGCGCGUACUGUCACAUAGCACGAUUGAGGUUGACGAUGGGGGAUAUGUCACUGAUGAGUGUGAUGUUUAAUGUAUAAUGUAUUUAUUGACUGGACAACCGCUACAACAAGCUUCCGAGUUUGAUUAUAUUAUACUAGUGCUUAAAUGUAUAAUACGAUCAUGAAGUAAUUCCGACCGGUUCCUUGCCCACAAUAAGGAACAGCGAUGACCUUCCUCGCUAAUAGUAUA